CUUCAUUAUGAGGCGAACCAAACGACGUCAUCAUUCUGAUGGGAGUAGGCCUUGCUCCACAUCCUGGACUCAUAUUCAAUGAUUAAAAGCAAGCCGUUUGCUCCCAUUCUCCAAAUCUUCUCCUUCCUCCGAAACCUUCUCUCCGUCAGUUGCCUUUCUCUACAUCUUUUCAUUGGAACAAGCCCCGAAUCUGAAGAUUGGGAAGGAGACUCUCGGAACUUUUGAGAAGGAAUUUUGGCGCGCUUUUUCUGCCUUGGUCCCAUUGGAACAGUACAUGGAACAGCUGGUGAGAGCAUUGGAUUUCUUUGAGUCUUGUCUAGGUAUUGACCAAUAAUACCUCCUUGACCACGGUAACCGCGACUUUAGCACGAAAUUUCACCCUCAAAUAUGAAGAAAGAGGUGUCUAAAGUGGGCAACAACGGUGGGCCAGGCUCGAAUCGUGGGUCAGGCAAUGCCACACCCACGGGUAAUUCUACUCCGCCUAGUGUGGGGUCCGCAGGGGGCCGAUCGAGUACCCCGGGGCCGUUAAAGAAUAAUAAUAACGCCAACAGUGAAUCCUCGACCAUGGAUAAUAAUCCCCCGUCGAAUCAUAGUGUCACUUCGGGCCAUGCCACGCCCACCCAGGUCAAGACUGAAGCGCCUGACACACCUUCGGGGACAGUGAACGGCGAUUGUGCCACCCCGGUCUCAGGUCAGAAUACGCCCCCUCAAGAGGGGGGGCUGAACUCGGUGGGCGGUCCUGAUUCCAUACAGCAGCCAAAUAGUGUCUCCAGUAACAUGGAGGACACCAAACCUCCGCACAAUCUCAGUGGGGCGAACACGCCCACCCCACAGCAGCAACAACAACAUCACCACCAUAACCAUAACAACAGCAUACCUCCGAAUAGUGGAACCGGGGAGAAUACAGACUUCCUGGACUCUUUCGAUUCCAAAGACGGAGUUAAGAGCGAAUCCUGUGAUCACGAUGGCCUGCCAAAUCUUCCUGAUUUCAAACCCGAGGACAUCAAGAAUUUUGAUAGUGACUUCCCGGAUGGAUCAUUCGGAAUGGGACCCAACACAAGUAUGGGUAUGCCGAUGUCCAGUAUGGCUGGACCCAUGAGCGGCGGAAAUAUCCCCAUGAGCUCAAGUGCACCGCAGGCUCAACCUUUACCCAGCAAUGUCCUGGGAAAAAGUGGGGAUCGCACUAUGGACCAACAAUACAUGCAGCAAUCGAGCCAAAUCUAUGUGUUUUCAACGAAUUGGGCAAAUCGGGGGGCUGAAGCCGUUAUGCAGGAGCAAUACCCCUCAAUUAUAUCUUGGCACGAGUCCCAACCGGAUACCAAGAAACACUUAGAAACCAUGGCCAGGCAAUUCCCAAAUAUGGCCAAGACAAUCAUGAACCAAAGCAUUCGAAUGAGCCAAAUGAAUAAGAUGAUGAAGGGCCCCAAAGGUCAGCCACUCCCUGGACCCGGAAUGAGGCCCAUGGUGAUGAGAGGCAAUGCUCCGAUAGGAUCAGGUCCUAUGGGCCCGGGUGGUCCAAUGGGACAUAUGGGUCAUGGUCCUGGCGGCCCACCUUAUGGCGAUGACCUCGCCGGACACGACCCGUCAAUGAGUGGACCUAUGCCUGUUUCCAUGUCUGAUGACAAAUUGUCAGAUAUGAAAGGUGGCAAGCUAUCAAACGAAAACCUCAACCCCGAACAGAAGAGGUUACGAGCUCAAAAACUUGGAUUCCUCGAUCAGCUCAACAAGCAACUUUUCCCCGAUGAAGGAUCUAACGGUCCAAUGGGGCCUGGUGGUCCAAUGGGGCCAGGCAUGCAAAUGGGUCCUAAUGGUCCAAUGGGACCGAAUGGUCCAAUGGGCCCGAAUGGUCCAAUGGGUCCUAACGGUCCCAUGGGCCCUGGUGGACCAAUGGGUCAUAUGGGGCCCAAUGGCCCUAUGGGACCUGGAGGGCCAAUGGGUGGGCCUAUGGGAGGACCUGGAAUGAUGGGGCCUAUGGGACCAGGGGGACCUCAAGCUCAAAUGGAGUGGCAGAAGAUGCAACAACAAUUUCUUCAAGAGAAAUGCAAGAAAGGCGGAAUGAUGCCAAUGAUGAUGGGCCCAGGGGGACCAGUCAUGGGACCGCGUGGCAUGAUGGGUGGAGGUCCCGGAGGACGCAUGCCGGGACCCCCUCCUCCGUACCCUCAGUCUGGACCUCGGGGACCUCCUCCAGGUGCCAUGGCCAGCCCAAAUCCCGGAUCUCCAGCAACGUCAUUACCCAUGUCGUCUCCCGCGGGGAUGAUGAAUUCUCCAAGGCCAAUGGGUAGUAAUCCUGGAACGCCAGUAUCUGGUGCUCCAAUGACUUCCCCUGUGACAUGUUCAAAGAAUUCUCCCGGCUCUCAGUCCAAUAAUACCAUGCCAAAUGCUCAAGAUGGGAUGUACGGUAGAUCAAUGCAAUCCUAUGCUAAGCAAGGUCCACCGUCUUCCAACAAAGAAGCCAACCUCAUGCCAGUUCCUUCACCGCAACAGAUUCAAUUUCUUAAUCCGUUAGAAGGACAGGAGCUCACUAUUCAGAAACAGCCAAAUACCAGCCUUCGAGACAACGAUAUCAUGUCCCCUUCUGUUCCUGGUCCACAUACUCCUCAGCCUGAUGGUAUUAACAAAGGUCAUGGAGGACCAGGUACUCCUCUUGGAGGUCCACCUACGCCAUCUUCAAUCGUCAAUGAAAUGCCUCCCAAAUACAAUGGGCCUCAUACCCCCCAUACUCCAAACAGUGUCAGUGAUAGUGGUAAUAUGAACUUUCAUGUACCGAGUCCACAAGGAGGACCAGACAUUUCAGGUGGUCAACGCAUGGGCCCAGGCACCCCAAUAACUCCUGGUCCUGUCAGUGAUAAAAAUCAGCGAUUCCCAGUGCCCAGUCCUGGUGGUCCUAGAACCCCUGGGAUGGACAACAACAGUUCAAGAUUUCCAGUGCCAAGUCCUCAGAUGGGUCCAGGAAAUAAUCGGUUCCCUGGCCAAGGUGGAAUCUCUCCCAACCCAAUGCAUAGUGGUCCAAACAGUAUUCAAGACAACAUGCCUCUCAAUCCCUCCACACCUACCUCAUCUGUUGGGAUGGGCAUGAGUAAGAGCUUUGAUCCAAUUUCAUCCAUGGCUCAAAUGAGUCAGCAGCUCACCAGCAGCAACACGUCAACACCUUGCAGCACGCCAGGGGGGAUGGAUGGCAUGAACACAAUGAACACCAUGUGCAGUAUGGACAAUGGAAUGAUGAUGAGUACCAUGUCCCGAAAUGGAAAUCCUAUGCUAGGUCCAGAUGGAAUUCCAGUGUCACAGGGAAUGGGUGGAUCGCCAGGCCCGAUGGGUCCAAUGGGUCCAGGAGGGCCGAUGGGACAUAUGGGACCAAAUGGACCAAUGAUGGGGCCAAAUGGACCCAUGAUGGGCCCAGGUGGUCCAAUGGGCCCUAAUGGUCCUAUGGGCCCAAAUGGUCCUAUGGGUCAUAAUGGGCCUAUGGUUCACAACGGUCCCAUGGGUCACAAUGGUCCCAUGGGUCACAACGGUCCUAUGGGGCCAAACGGUCCUAUGGGUCACAAUGGUCCUAUGGGGCCAAAUGGUCCCAUGGGUCCUAACGGUCCUAUGAUGAGCCCAGGGAUGCGCUGCUCUAUGAUGAGAGGUCCUCGACCUGGAAUGGAUCAAAUGGGACCUAACGGCCCAAUGAUGAGCCAUGGAGGGCCAAUGAUGGGACCUGGUGGGCCAAUGGGGCCUAACGGCCCUAUGAUGGGACCAAAUGGACCAAUGAUGGGACCAAAUGGACCAAUGAUGGGCCCUGGCGGGCCAAUGGGCCAUGGGGGUCCAAUGGGACCAGGAGGUCCAGGUGAUAAUCGAAUGAUGACUCCACAUAGUGAAGGAGGAAAUUCAGGACCCGGUGCAACAUUUGCCACAGUGAAAGCUAGUGCUCCCAAUACCAUUCAAUACCUACCUUCAAGGCCACAAUUCAGUGACUCAAGGCCAAGGGGACCUCCAAGUCUGGACUUUCUUCAAAGGUUCUCCAGUCCCAACAGCAAUGAGUGCAUGGACAACAACAUGAUGGGCCGAUCAAAUGGAAGCAUGAUGGGUCCAGAUGGUAUUCCAAUCUCUCAAGGCAUGGGAACCCCUCCAAGCAGUAUGGGUGGUCAUAUGGGGCCAAUGGGACCUAUGGGACCAAACGGUCCAAUGAUGAGCCAUGCAGGACAUAUGGGACCUAGUGGGCCUAUGGGACCGAACGGACCUAUGGGUCAUAAUGGACCUAUGGGGCCUGGAGGACCUAUGGGACCAAAUGGGCCAAUGGGACCAGGAGGGCCUAUGGGACCCAACGGACCUAUGAUGGGUCCAAACGGUCCUAUGCGAGGUAUGUCACCAAUGAUGGGACCUGGCGGGCCUAUGCGUCCCGGAAUGGACAUGAACUCAAUGGGAAUGGGAAUCCCUGGACCAAAGGGUUCACCAAUGGGCAUGGGCCACAACGGCCCUGGAAGUGAUUCGCCAUCACCAAUGGGGGGCAUGUGUGUGCCUGGUCCCAAGGGGUCGCCCAUGGGAAUGGGUCCAAGUGGACCUGAUCCAACUCAACCUCUUCCGCCCUCCGGUGGAAAUGGCCCCGGUAGCAACAAUGGCAAUAGCGGCAACUUCAAACACUCUCCAAUUAUGGGCGGUCCCACCACAAGCGAUCCCAAUUAUGCUCAACAGUUUCACAAUUUUCAGCAGCAGCUCUACGCCACCAACACUCGUGGUAGCCAGAUGGGGCCCAAUGGACAAAUGUCGAACAAUGGACCUCCUCCAGGGAGCCAGAACUUCUUCCCUGGCGGUGGUGGCCCACCAGUGAGUAGUGGUCCCAACAUGAUGGGUCCAGGCAACUCUGCACCCAUCGGAGCUGGGAUGCCAGGCAAAGGUUAAAUCAACAAUUGUUGAAGCCGAUAGACCUCUCUCAUGCAACUUGGCUGUGAUUCAUGACUGGUCUUGCUUUCUUUCAAGACCCUCCCUACCUAUCUAUCUACAAACCAACCACCACACAACCCCAACUACCACUACAAGAACUAUUAUUAUCGAUUUUACCACCACCACCAACAUCAUCACCACCACCAUCAUCAUGCUGCUGACCCUCGCUCCAUGUUUUAAGGCACGUCCAAACAUUUCGUCGCAAGGCUGGUGUGUGAUACAACUGAUGAUGACAAAAGACAUCACUGAUCUUUCCUCUCAUCCAAGUGAACCCUCGUCAUCAACAAACACUACUCUAACAUCCAAUACCAUACCCUGUUCCAAUAAGUAUUAUGCAUAUUCAUAGUUAGUCACACGCGAUAAUUAGAACAACCACAACAACAGAAACAGCAGAAGUGAAAGUGUUGUGAGCAUUCUUGUCCGAAACAAUCCUCGGUUUCGGACUUUGCAAGGGGAUCAUUCCACUCCAGUACCAAAAGUGAUCACGACGCAGAUUAGAGUUUCCAACUUUACAGGAUUGAGUGAGAAUCAAGUCAUUCUCUUUAUUCCUAGUGUUCCAAACUCAAAGAGAAUCGGAAGAAAUGUCCUCCAUUCAAGAAGAGGGCACCACCUUGGUGUCUGACCCAAAUCAAGCUGGAGAGCUCAAGAAAGCAACCCUUAUUUUCAUUGAUUGGUCCAAUGUCCAAUCAAGUUCUGAAAUGCCAUGAUUAGAUUUAUAUAAUCUCUCUACACUAUUGCCGAGCAAAGUUCAAACAUUAACAGUACAUGGAGAUGAUACUUUGACAAAUAUCAAAUAAAACAUGCCAAAAACA